CCAGCGUCUCGCAGACCGUCUUAUCCGCUACCACGGAUUUUCAGAGGUGCUCAUAUCGGACCGCGACCCUCGCUUCCAGUCAGACCUCUGCCCACAACUAUGUCGUCGCUUCAACAUCAAACGCGCCAUGUCCUCGUCCUACGAUCCGCAAAGCGACGGUCAAACUGAAAGGGUUAACCGCACACUGAAGCAGAUGCUUCGUACCUACAUCCAACCUGACGAACGCCAGUGGGAGCGCUUACUUCCGGCCCUGGAACUUGCCUACAACACGACAUGCCAUUCAUUCAUCGAGCUCUCUCCCUUCGAGGUCAUGAUCGGCGAGAACCCGCUGACUGCUGCGAAUCUUGAUAUCGUAGGCGCGUUAGCCCCGACGAUCACUCCUCCGAUGACCAAGCUCUUCCGGCAGCUCUGCGACAGAACGCAGAGCCACAUACAGGAAACAAAAUGGCAGCAGGAAUAUUACGCAGACAAAAAGUGCCGAGCUGUGGAGUAUGCAGUGGGCGACAAGGUUUGGCUGAGCAGCAAGCAUCUACCGGCGUCAUCUAGCUGCCCUAAGUUCGAGCCCCGUUACCGAGAACCCUUUGAAAUCAUUGAACGAGUAGGCACCGUCGCGAACCGUCUCUCUUUACCUCCUACUUAUGCAUGCCACAACGUUUUUCAUGUUUCGCAGCUAUUUCCCCACUGCCCCCGCCCUCCAGACUUGGUUCCCCAGGAAGCCGAUACCGCCUGGCCCCCUAUCCGCGAUGCGGCAGGUAAUCCGACAAAGAAGUAUGAGGUCGAUUAUGUUAUGGACCAAUGCGGCUCAGGCGCCGAUGUCCAGUACCUCGUCAAGUGGCGCGGCACCCCCGAAGAUCAAGCCACGUGGGAGCCCGCUAACCACCUAACAGGAUGUCAGGCUUUGCUCCGUGCUCGGCACCGCCGUCAGAAAAGACAUCUUCAGGCUUGA